ACCUCCUGUGUUGUUUUACUCCUCUUUGGUAGCAUGCUACUUGACGUUAGCACAGCAGCUAAUUGAGAGGAAAGCAGUCUAAUUAUGGAGUAAAGUUGAAUCUAUGACGUUACUUUUUAGCCUAUACAAUUACAAGACACAUUUUGAGAUGUAUUUCUGAUAACUGUUCCUUUUAUUGUAACGUUAUUUAGCUCGCUCGCAAACCGUUUAAUUUGUAUUAUUUACAGUUAGGUUAGCUAGUACACAUAGUUAGCAAUGUUUACAGAGCUCAACAGUAUCUUGAACACCACUCCCGACACCUUCACACAGGGAGAAUUUGUGUUGCUUUCAGACAGACAGAGUGAUGCCUCUUUCCUCAUUCACCACUUCCUCUCUUUGUACCUACGAGCACGCUGCAAAGUGUGGUUUCUGGGUCUGGUGCAGUCCUUCAAUCAUUACAGUGCAAUCAACCAGAGACUGGGUGUGAGCCUCACACAAGCAAAGGAAAAAGGUCAGCUGGUUUUCUUAGAGGGACUGAACGAGUCGCUGUCCGUUUUGAUUCCUCAAAAAGCCGAGACAGGAAGUCCAGCCAUGGACUUUCUCAGGGAUCCUGCUGUUGGCCUGAAGAGUCUGUACGAGUUUGUCCGGUCCAGCGUGACCGGUUCUGGUGCGGCAGAUGGGGCCGAGGAGUGGGGACCCCCGGUGCUGCUGGUGGAUGACCUCAGUGUGCUGCUGAGUCUGGGGGUGAGCGUGGGAGCCGUGCUGGACUUCAGCCACUACUGCCGAGCCACCGUCUGCUCCGAGCUUCAGGGCAAUGUGGUGAUGCUGGCCCGCUGUGAUGGGGACGGAGAGGAGGACGAGGAAGAUGAUGAAGGCUCAGAGAGACUUCUGAAGGGCCUGACCCACCAGUGUAGCCUCCUUCUUCAUGUACAGGGUCUCCCCACUGGAUACUGCAGGGACAUACAUGGGCAGGUGGAAGUGUGUUGGAGGAGGAGACAAGCUGAUGGGCAGUACACACAGAAGAAACUCUUUCAGUACAAGGUCCAUGAUAAAGGAGCCUCCUUCUUUGCUCCCGGGACAUCCAGCGCUGUUCUCUAGUCCCUUUCAACAUCCCCGUUUGCCUUUUGUCUCUUUCACAUGUGACAACUGACUGUUUAUAUUUUAAUAUGACCAGAAAAUACAAAUAUUGGGUGUUAAGCUACCAAAGUGGUAGGUGAACUAGACAAGUUUACCAACCAUAGCCAAGCUUUUUACAUUUGGAUGGUCAAGGACCCAGCCUGGUACCCAGACUGUCUGGAGGAAGGACACUGUGAUACUGCCAGGUGAUAGCCUGGUCCCAGACCUCUGAAUCAAUGCCUACUUCUUUUUUUUUCCAGCUAUUUUAAUAAGCAAAGUAAAAACAAAAUAAGAAUUCAGACUGAUUGUCAGGCUGAUCUGCGGGAAAACAACUAUACAGGGACAAAAAAUGACCUCAAAAGGGACACAAACCACAGAGAUGUGCACAAAACAACAACACAAAGAGGACUUGCUCCUAUGUAGGAGAGCUGGUGGGGGCCUUCUGCAUGUCUGUGCCCAGGGGCCCAUUGUCACAAUAAUUCGCCCCUUGUUUCCACCCAGAAUCUACCACUGAGUGGAUUUUGGUUGAAUAAAAUCUAACAAAACUG